AUGACCUUGACCCGCGUGAACGGCAUCUCCCUUAAGGAAACUCCGACAAACGAGAUCGAUAUGGCAGCAUCUGCCCCCCUUUCUACGAUUGUUCACGAACCUCUGAUUAAGAGCAAUUACGAAGUCGUCCUUGGUCACGAUGUCACAGUGCUCACGCAGCUCGACACCCCUUACUGGACCGUCGUCGUCCUCUCCUCCACAGCCAACUCGCCCGUCCGCACCAUCGUGACGACGGAGAAGAGCCUCGACCUCGCCGCCGCACUGGCUGCGGUGCACCGGCGGUCAGCACUUGAGGUGUCUCACUUCUACGUCGCCAUGGGCAAGACCUAUGACAGCCCCAUCAUACGACCGCUGCAUAGGCAGAAGAGAAAGACGAGGCGUUACCGCAACGGUGUGUACAUUGACGGUGUCCGCCAACUCUCAGAAGUGGAAGACGACGGCGACGACCUCGACGACGAAAACUACACGGACUCCAGCUCGGAAUCCGAGGACGACGUCGAGCUGGGCCUUGACCUGUCAGACGAGAGCGAGGACGAAGACGGCCUGGAGCAUAUCAGGAAGCCGUCGCACCGCCGACGCCGUGAGACCAGGAACAACAACACAGGCGGCGGCAUGGCUGGGCCGAGGACAGUCCCCUCCCGCCAGUCCACGUCUCCUCGCAUGCCACCACCCGCAGCUCUCUCGCCAACUGCGACUGCACCAGCUGGCGAUGGAACCAUCCCCAUGACCGCCCGUCCUCACCUGUUCUACGGCCAGCCCACAAGCAUGACGGGCGUCUACCCCCCUCCCCAUCCCCCUCCCCCUCCACAGGGAGGACACAAACCCGCCACCGUGCCCAACCAUCUGGCUGCUGUCGUGGCCCCAAGCAUGCCAGGGAUCUAUACUACCCAUACCCAGAGUGCCGGCGGCCACCCUAUCAACGUCUUCCAGCAACCAAAGGCCAGCAUGCCCCCACCUCCUCCUCCUGCAGUCCCACCGCAGUUGAGGGCAAACUCCUUCUACCCCCCUACCGCCGGUCCUGCGGCAGCCUACACCAAGCAGAGGAGACCAGCAGCAGCAGCACCCGCUCCCCUGCCCCCUUCCUCCCCCGCGCCCAGGCCCGUGUCCAUCAACAUCCACUGGAUCGGGCGCGGGAGCCUCCUGGUGACGGACACCUGCGCCCCCCUGCACGGCCGGAUCCUCGAGAGGGCGAUGCAGCUCGCGCGCCUCAAGAGCGGCGAGUUUGGCGGCGGCCUCUCGACCCCCGGCGAGCACAGCAGGAUGAUGGCGCUGCUCAGGCGGGUGCGGGCGGGCGACGUGGUGUACGAGGUGACGAGUCGGGUCGACGACCUCUCACCGCUGCUUGCGAGGAUGGGCCCGCCCUCGCAGGUUGGCUUCCCGUGCUUCGAGGUGGAGAUUGUCCUGCAGUCUGGCGACGGGGAGGACUAA